GCAUGGCAGAAAAGCAACGGUGGUGGUCAUUUAUGUCUUUCCCCAAUUGUGGCAUUUACCGUUAGCCAACGCGUACUUCUCUGUGUUUCCCGCUAAAAUAGGACGUACUGGAGGUAGAUGUCAAAAUCUUGGACCUCAUAUUUUGGGCAAAGCAAACCAAUUCUACCAAUCUUUUUCUUUUUCCUUUGGAUCUUUGAGAAAUUUUUUUAGAUUUGUUAGCUUGAGAGAGUGAAAAUUUUAACUUUGUGGGGGAUUUUGGGGUAAUUAAUUGUUUGGUAUCUGGAUCUCACUUGCUGUAAUGAUCCUUCAUGCUGGGGAUUGAAUUGGAGUCGAUCGGUCUUGCAUUCAAGAGCUCGGAAAUCAAAAUGGCCAACGUCCGCGUAAAGGAUCAGCAAAAGGCUUCACCAGAUUCUGCAAAGGCAGAGGUGGGAGAGGUUGACACCAGAGCUCCCUUCCAAUCUGUCAAAGCUGCUGUUAGUCUGUUUGGUGAAGUCGCCGUUUCUAAAGGGAAACAAGCAUCACCAACCAAGAAAAAGCUAUCAGAGAAUGAUGAACUGGACAUGGAGACACAGCUUCUGUUGGCCCGGAAAGAACUCACCAAGGUUAAGCAACAACUAGAGAGUGCUGAAACCACAAAAGCUCGAGCACUUUCCGAACUUGACAAGGCUAAGAGAACACUAGAGGAACUAAAUACCAAGAUCAAAAGUGUAAGCGACUCCAAGAAAUCAGCAAUGAAAGCUGCCGAAGAAGUACUCAAGGCUCGCGCCAAGAAUCUGGAAGAGGUGAAAGCCAGAGAAUCAAUUGAAGGUGCUGCUUGGAAACAAGAAUUGGACCAUGCAAGAAACGAGUACAUAAGCACGGUCACCCAACUUGAUGCUGCAAAGCAAGAGCUCACCAAAAUCCGGCAGGACUUUGAUGCCGCCUUGGAAGCAAAACUGGUUGCGUUCCAACAGGCAGGAGAAGCUCAACGUUCAGCAAAAGUUAACUCCGACAGGGUCACUGAGCUCCGAAAGGAAAUUGCAGCCAUGCAAGGAUCCAUUGAGCAGCUAAAAGUCGUCUCUAUACAUGCCCAACAAGAGCAGGCAAAGGUUGUGGCCGAAAGGGAGGCCCGCCUACAAGAUUACAAAGCUGCUAAGCAACAAGCAGAAGACAGACUGCUAUCUCUCAAGGAGGAAGUUGAUCCUGAACUAAUCAAAGAUCUGGAGGCAAAGCUUGGACAAACAACAGUGGAAGUUGAGGUCUUACAGGAGGAAAUGAGAAAAGCCCAUGCGUCCGAAAUGGACUCUGUGAGAGUUGUGACAAUGGAGCUGAAUGAAGCCACAAAGAAGCUGCAGGAAGUUGCUGAAGAAGAGAGCUCUCUUCGGAGCUUUGUGAGCUCCCUCAGGCUGGAAUUGGAGGAUGUGAAGAGGGAAACCGGUGAACUCAGGAACAAGGAAAUGGAACUGGAAGCUCUUGCUACUAGUCUGACUGCUGAAAUGGAGAAAAACAAAGCCGAGGCUGAGCGGUUCAAGGAAGAGGCAGAUCGUGCGGCAGUCCAGAAGCUGUCAUCAGAAACCGAAAGCGCAAGACUGGAAGCCGAGAAGAUGAAACAAAAUGUUGUUCAACAGAAGCGAGAAGCUGAAGAUAGUCGAAAUUCAGCGGAGGAAGCAGAGAAGAAACUGAAACUUGCACUGGAAGAAGCUGAAGAUGCAAUAGAAGCAGAGAAAAGAGCCCUGGUACAGCUGAAGGCCUUAUCCGGGACACAUCAUGACACAGCAGCUUCAGAGAGCACUACUCCUAGUACAACUGGGAAGAUCAAAUUAUCAUUGGAGGACUAUGAGUGUUUGAGUAGGAAAGCGAAGGAAUGUGAAAGCUUGGCUGAGAUAAAAGAGGCAGAGUGCAUUGUCCAAGUAGAAGCGAUCAGUGUGAGAAAGAAUGAAGCAGAUAAAAGGUUGGAGGCCUCCUUAAAAGCGAUAGAGGAAAUCAAGACUGCAACAAACUUGGCACUGAGAAACGCAGAGUCGGCAGAUUCAGCAAAAUCGGUGGUUGAGGGUGAACUUCGCAAGUGGCGUCAAGAAGAACAAACGGUGGUGGUAGGCGAGUCAUCACGGCCACCCUUCUAGCAUUUUGCUUCCCACUUUUCAAGCUCACCCGUCAAGGCAGAUCAGAUGGGAUGGAUCUUGAUAUCUUAUAUUCAUAGAAAAAAUUAUCUUAUUUCACAUUAAGUUCAAAUUUGCUUAGGAUAAUAUCCUUAACGAUGGUGUAAUUAUAUUUCUUCUAACCCUCAUCUGUCUUCCAAGAA